AGAGUGAUGCAGCAAUUAAAAAUGAAAGGGUUUCAAGGAUAUCUCUACGCAGGAACUUAGACAGAAACACCUUCCGUGCUAUUGAAGAAAGUUCAAACUUAAAUGACACAACCUAUUAAAUAAACGAACCUUCAUUAAAUAACUUGUACUUCCACUUCAAAUGGUCAAAGAGUUAGUUCUACUUCAUAAUUAUUUUUGAUAGGGUAUUGUGUGGUUAUAAGUUAUUCUUUAUACAAAACAGUUUGGCAACGGAAUGAAAUAAGCUAUCUUUUUUUUACGAGCAGAAUUAUGAUUUGGAGAGACUUAAAUCGGAAAAGAGCUUAAAAAAGUGUCAUGGCCUUGAACGCUACAAACUACGGAAGCAGACGAAUUUUGUGGCUACUAGAUUUAUAUAUGGCCCAGUGUUCCGUGGAUGACAACUGCAAUGCUGCUUAUCGCUUGAUAUGUAAAAGUGGUCAUUGUGUGUGUAAACCUGGUGAUCUGUUCUUUGAUUGGCCCAAGUACGGCUGCUUUUCAAAAGUUCACAUGUUUGGUCCUUGUGAAGUGUCUGGGCAAUGUUUGGCUUACACUCCAAACACCUACUGCAACCCUGAUAAUUCACGCUGCACAUGUUCACCCAAUUACUUUUUCAAUGGGCGGGAUUGUAUUUUGAGAUAUUUUGUCCAAACUUUUUCAGAUGAUCCUUCAAAUUUGAAAGCUCAGGAAGUAUAUAAAGCCGCUGUUGUUGCUGCGGCCUGUUUCAUUGUCGCAGUUGUUGGGAUAUUUGUUGCCUGCAUUGUGAGACGGUCAUUUUGUAGACGAGAACAAAACUUGCCACAAAAUGAAUCCAAUCGUAACAGUGAUAUAUUUUCCAUCAGUGAUGAAAUAGCUGCUAUGAGAGCUGUGGAUAAGCCUCCAUCAUAUGAAGAAGUUCUACAGAUAGAACGAACGUUUUAUGGUAUUCCUCCUCCUGAAUAUUCAGCUUCUAGAAAUGUUAAUAAUCCAACAUAUCAAUCUGGAUCUCAUUUCCCUACUUGUCAGAGAAUCCUUCCUUUACCAUAUCUUUCUGAUUGCAUUCCAAGACCAAAUGUGGAAGCUGGAAAUCUUGCCAGUACCAGUGCAGAUAAAGAGCAAACUGAUCCUAAUCUGAGUUGUCCAGAAACGAGUAGUUCUUCUAAUAUGGUUGCUGCUGUAGAAGUUAUCUCACCUGCGAAUUCACUUCCCCCAGAAAAUCCCAUUUCAGAUAAUAUGUCAUCCACAUGCGUUCUUUCAAACCAAAUCUCAAGUUGGGGUGAGAGUCAGUUUGCAUCUUCCACAUCACAGCCUUACCUCUGUGAAGAAUGUGCAAAAACUACCACCGCUAAUGCAGACUGCGACAAGUGCAAAGCUAAUUUAGAAAAAAAGACAUUGGGCAUUUGCACUAAUUCUGAUGAUGCUGUUGGAGUUGUGCUGCCGUCUCAAAUAACGUGUGAAGAGGGUGUUUUAAACAGCUCACUGUCUACGUGCAUGCAGUCCAGUCCUAUCAGGUUAGGGCAGCUUACGUCAUUCACGCCGCCACCGAAUCCUCGGCGUGAACGUGCCCAAAGACCAACCCAUGCUUCAUCGUUACCUGGGUCACCAUUCCUUUCAUCUCAUUCAUCUGAUACUGUUUUAAACCUUCCUCUUCUAAAAGAACUACUUAAAUCUGAUAGCCAAAGGUUUGAACAAUCCAUCCCGUCUACAUCUCAAAAUGACAAUUCAUCACACCAUAGUGAUUCCUCUAGUGAUGUGCCUACACUCGCCUAUGAUAACUUGGGAUUUGUGCCUGAUUCUCAUGUGUAAAAUUAGUGUCUUAGCCAAGCAAUUAUUUCACUCUCAUAGCAUUCAGGAAAAUUCUGUAUCGUUCUGUGAUGAUAUUCAGGUUUGUGUUGCUUGUAUCAUUCAAUCAAUGAAACAUUUUUCAUUAUUUCAAUUGAUAGUAAGCAUUAGAUUUUAUUUGAGGUUUUAUAAAAUCUGCAUGUAUUGUACAGUACUAAAAAUUAUAUUUGUCAAUUAGAUGCAUCUAUUAAGCUUGUUUGUCAUACAUAUAUAUAAUUAGAUGUGUAAAGGAUAAAAGAAUAUAAUUUUUAUGGUUAUUUAUUUAUUUAGACAGAGUAUUCAUUUAAUGCAUAAAAUAUCAUGAUUGAGCUGCGCUUUAUGGCGAAAAUAAAGUGUUUUGUUAUUCUUUUUAAUUAAAAAUUAUAUUCAAAACAUUUUUUGUAGAAAUACUUUUGAGUAUUAACUGAUGGAUUAUUUGUUUGCUCUCUAUUUUUAUAACAUUUGUUAGUAAUCAUAUAGUAUUUGCUAAAUGUUUAAGCAGUUUAAUUUAGUUUGACAUUUGUACUGUUAUUUGUUGUGAUUCAGAAUACGAAGAAAAAAAAUCAUUCAAAUACCUAUACUGUUAGGGACUAAUUAUCUGGAAUUCAUUAAAAUUAUUUCAGUUUAA